UAAAUUCCCAUUCCAUCUCCGAUCUCCGAUCCCAUCCUCCACCUUCCAGUAUUCACUUUCCGUUCAUUCGCCGCCGCCGGAAUCCGCUUCCGCAUUGAGCUUUCAGGUUCCUUUGACGCUCACCAUGGCCACCGGACAAAUAUUUUCUCGGACGACGCAAGCUCUAUUCUACAACUACAAGCAACUACCCAUCCAACGGAUGCUUGACUUUGACUUCCUCUGCGGGAGGGAAACACCAUCAGUUGCAGGAAUCAUCAAUCCUGGUGCUGAGGGAUUCCAGAAACUGUUUUUCGGUCAAGAGGAAAUUGCCAUCCCUGUGCAUUCUACCAUUGAAGCAGCUUGUGCAGCACAUCCCACUGCUGAUGUGUUCAUCAACUUUGCAUCCUUCAGAAGUGCUGCUGCAUCAUCAAUGUCUGCUUUGAAACAGCCUACCAUCAGAGUUAUAGCUAUCAUAGCCGAAGGUGUUCCAGAGUCGGACUCCAAACAGUUGAUUGCAUAUGCACGGGCAAACAACAAGGUUGUUAUAGGCCCAGCUACUGUUGGUGGCAUUCAAGCUGGCGCAUUUAAGAUCGGUGACACUGCUGGAACAAUUGACAAUAUAAUACAGUGCAAGUUGUACAGGCCUGGAUCUGUGGGCUUUGUCUCUAAAUCAGGUGGAAUGUCUAAUGAGAUGUACAAUACUAUUGCCCGUGUUACAGAUGGAAUUUAUGAAGGUAUUGCAAUUGGAGGUGAUGUGUUUCCGGGUUCAACUCUUUCUGACCAUAUUUUGCGGUUUAACAACAUCCCUCAGGUUAGGAUGAUGGUUGUACUUGGAGAACUUGGUGGUCAAGAUGAGUAUUCUUUAGUUGAAGCUAUGAAACAAGGAAAAGUUACCAAACCAGUGGUUGCCUGGGUUAGCGGUACUUGUGCAACACUGUUUAAAUCUGAAGUUCAAUUUGGUCAUGCUGGGGCAAAAAGUGGUGGCGAGUUGGAGUCUGCACAAGGCAAAAACAAGGCUUUAAGGGAUGCUGGAGCAAUUGUUCCAACGUCAUAUGAAGCCCUUGAAGAUGCAAUUAAGGAAACAUUUGGAAAAUUGGUUGAAGCGGGGAAAAUUACUCCAAUAAAGGAAGUGAAGCCCCCACAAAUUCCUGAGGAUCUUAGCUCGGCAAUUAAAAGCGGGAAAGUUCGAGCCCCGACCCAUAUUAUUUCCACCAUUUCUGAUGACAGAGGUGAGGAGCCCAGCUAUGCUGGAAUUCCUAUGUCUUCCAUUGUUGAGCAAGGUUAUGGCGUUGGAGAUGUUAUCUCACUUUUAUGGUUCAAGCGCAGCCUUCCUCGGUAUUGUACACAUUUUAUUGAGAUAUGUAUCAUGCUAUGUGCUGACCAUGGUCCUUGUGUAUCUGGAGCGCACAACACUAUAGUAACAGCUAGGGCUGGAAAAGACCUUGUGUCCAGUCUUGUCUCAGGUUUGCUUACUAUUGGUCCUCGAUUUGGUGGUGCCAUUGAUGAUGCUGCUCGGUAUUUUAAGGAAGCAUAUGACAAAAACCUUACACCUUACGAAUUUGUCGAAAGCAUGAAAAAGAAAGGGAUCCGUGUGCCAGGAAUUGGCCACAGGAUCAAGAGAGGUGACAACAGAGAUAAGAGAGUGGAGCUACUGCAGCGGUUCGCACGGACGCAUUUCCCGUCUGUGAAGUACAUGGAGUAUGCUGUGCAAGUUGAAACUUACACCCUCUCAAAGGCAAACAACUUGGUUCUUAAUGUAGACGGUGCAAUUGGAUCCCUUUUCUUGGAUCUUCUUGCUGGCAGUGGAAUGUUCAGCAAACAAGAAAUCGACGAGAUCGUCGAGAUUGGCUACUUGAACGGACUGUUUGUGCUGGCACGCUCCAUUGGUCUGAUUGGACACACAUUUGAUCAGAAGAGACUGAAACAGCCACUGUACCGCCAUCCUUGGGAAGAUGUUCUGUACACCAAAUGAUGAGUUUACAAAUAGCAGCAGGAGUAACAAGGAUCAAUCUCAACAAGCAAAUUUAUAGCAAUGCCUUAGGGUCACUAAAUUUCGUCCUUCAGGUUUUCUAGUUGAUAGAAGGAAGAAUUGUAGUUCAGUUUUGAAAUAAAUUAUGUUUCCAUCCUGAUGUAUAAUUAUGUCUCUAGAGCAUUAAAAGUAAUGGAAUUCUGUUCUGAACUUUAGUGUUUUACUUGUUUUGUUAAAUGUGAAUUGGAGAUUUGGGAUGUGGAGAGUGCGAAUUUGAUGGCAUUUAUAUCCGAAGCUGAUUGCUCGAAAGUGGAAACUUUGAAAAUAAAUAAAGGCUCAUUCAGAAUUGUACGAUUCAA